GUCUUUAAUGGGACCCCUGGUGUCCUUGGCUCCCGGGCGCGACCUCCCCAGCAGACUCGGCGCUGCGGCCAUCAUGCCACAAUGGUUAUAAUUUGGAUCUUCUUCUUCCUGAGUUUGUUGCAGGAGUCUUGGUCCCCAGGGCUGGCGGCGGAGGUGCCCGAGGCACUUUCCUGUGCCAAAGGCCAGGCGUGCGACCCAAGGCUGCGCAGAGAUGCCGGGGGCCGCGGCGGGGUCUAUGAGCAUCUCGGGGGAGCUCCCAGGCGCCGCAAGCUCUACUGUGCCACCAAGUACCACCUCCAGAUCCACGCCAGCGGGAAAAUCAACGGCACCCUGGAGAAGAACAGCGUCUUCAGUAUUCUAGAGAUAACUGCAGUUGAUGUUGGAAUUGUUGCCAUCAAAGGUUUGUUUUCCAGCAGAUACCUGGCAAUGAACAAAAGAGGCAGACUUUAUGCUUCAGAAACUUACAAUGCAGAGUGUGAAUUUGUGGAAAGGAUCCAUGAGUUGGGCUAUAACACUUAUGCAUCUCGCCUAUACCGGACUGUGCCCAGUGGAGCCAACAACAAACGCAAAGCCAGUGCUGAAAGGCUCUGGUAUGUCUCUAUCAAUGGGAAAGGACGACCCAGACGGGGCUUUAAAACCCGUAGGACACAGAAAUCCUCUCUCUUUCUGCCCAGGGUGUUGGAUAACAAAGACCAUGAAAUGGUUCGACUAUUCCAUACAAAUGUUAAAUACAGAGAGAGUCUACUUAAACCUCCAAAUAAGAACCAGAGAAGACGGAGAGGGCACUAGUGGACUCUUCAGGAAGGUUAGGAUGGGCCUGAAAGCAAGGGAAAGUGUUCAAAUUGCUACUAAAAAACUAACAGCUGUGAUUGUAUGACAGAGAUAAACAUGGACAUUUUUGAUACGCUGUGUAUGUAAUUUGAGGUCACAUCAAAUCUAUCUACUUUUAGCUAUUUUAGAAUUGUUACCUGUGGUAAAAUGUGACAUAAACUGAGGCACAUUGAAAUGUAAAUUAGUUUGAUGUAAUGAUUUUACCAAUGGCCUUUAGCAUUUUUCUUCUUAAUGUUAAUUUUUUGUUUGUUUGUUUUUUAACUUACUUUAGGGUAUUCCCCAAUGAACCUUUCUUCCCCAGUGUAAUAUGAAUAUUAUACACCUAUCACCUGAGAGAAAGCAUAGCACUUUCAUAAUACUUUCUUUGGUUUCCCAGUAGAGGACUACAUUGAAGUUAUAAUAGACACAGAAACCUCAAAACUGGUUUAAUUUGUAACUUACGUGUAUUUAUUUUUACUUAGGUUUUUUUUAUGAAUGGUCAGUAUCAGUUAUAUUAUCUUCUCUGGCAUUAAAUUAACCUGAAAUUGUAAAUUUACUUUACAUUUAAACAUUUCAAAAGAACUGCACAUUAUUAGGAUAUUUUAGAAUUUGUUCAAUUAAAAUGUAUCUUAUCUUAUUUGUUAAUGGAUUUUUACAAAUCUUGGUAAAUCAGAUGAAGCGUUAUUAAUAUAAAUUUUGGAAGAAUUUAUAAACUAGUUUUUAAACACUAAGUCUUAUUCCAGGAUAUGUUCAGAAUAACAUUUAAGAUGGGAGUCUACAUUUCCUUUAGACAUUUUUGUUAAAUGGGAGUGGUAACUCAGUGUCAGUUCUUGUUAUCUUUAUGUCUCCAAAAUUCCCACUGAAGUCAACCAGAGUUGUGACAUAGGAACAUUAACUGUCAGGAUGGAAACUUUGAUCAUAUAUUUUCUGUAUAAAUUCUUAAUCAUGGGAGUAAAUAUGUUUCAACCAUUUAAAGAAAAAAAGUUUGACUAUGCAAAAAUAUAGUAGUUAACUGAUUUUUAGAGUAUUACUACUAUUAUUACAUUAAUUAAAUAUUAAAAGCUUGUAUUUUGAAGAGAUGGUCCCAAACUGUAAAACACAAUUUGGAUCUCAAUCAGUGAUCUUGGAUUUUUAUGCCAACAAUUAAUGAAAGCUGGUCAGCUGUAGUAUUUUGAUCUGAAUCCAAUAGUGAAUUUUUGCAAAAUUUUAGAAUAUUAUUUUCAGCUUAUAUUUGUUAGAAAAUUUCCACUUAGUAUUCAGGAAACAUCAUCCUAUUGAAAAAGCAAUAUUUGGAUUUAUGUAUGUCAGCUACAAGUGUAAACAAUAACAUUAUUAUCAUGUUGUGAUAACAUGGGAUUUGAGGUGUUUGGUGCCUCAGAGAAUAAGGCCCAAAUACAGCCGUGCUGAGUAAAAGAGAGACUGCAAUGAAUUUAGUAGUCAGUGUGUACUUAACAAAUAACAAUCUGCUAAAUAAACAUCGCAUUACUUAGAAAAAAUAAA